AUGUCAUGGAUUUCACACUUGUCUCGAUUUCUCUCUUUCUCCAAGCCAUUAAUUCUCUUUCCAUUCUCUUUUUACUUCACUUUUAUAUUUUCUUUUACUGUGUGCUCUCUUCAUCAUCUAUCUAUUAUCUAUGUUUAUUCUUUGUUUUAUCUAUCUAUCUAUCUAUCUAUCUAUCUAUCUAUCUAUCUAUCUGUUGAUUGCUCCAUCUUCACAGAUGACUGCCAGAUUGUGUACACUUCUUUCUCUGGCCUCAGCUAUCAUUCCACGGCCUGGGUUGACUCCUGUUUCUUAAUUUCUUUUAGUUUUUACAUCUAUCGUGGCCAAUUCUUCCCUUCUUUCUUACUUUUUUCUUUCUUUCUUUCUUUUUUCAGUAUUUGGCUUCUCUUUAAUUAUUCCCAUUUAUUCUUUCUUUCUUUCUUUCUUCCUUUCUUUCUUUCUUUCUUCUCUUUAAUAUUCCCAUUUAUUCUUUCGUUCUUUCUCCUCUUUUUAGUUAUUCCCAUUUAUUCUUUCUUUCUUCUUUCCUCCUUCAUUUCUUUCUUUCUUUCUUUCUUUCUUUCUUUCUUUCUUUCUUUCUUUCUUUCUUUCUUUCUUUCCCUUCCCUAUAAUUAUUCCCAUUUAUUCUCUCUUUCUUUAAUUAUUCCCAUUUAUUCUUUCUUUCUUUCUUUUUAUUAUUCUUUUCUUUAA